AAAAUUUGAUAUUGUUGGCCGCGAUUGUUUUAUAUUUUGCUACCGAGGAGAGUAAAGUGUCAACGGACAAAAAUAGUGAUACGGGAAAAUGCAAAGGAAAUAACAAUAGGUAAAGGGAGGAUGUCCAUCAACAUAACGGUGCAUAGCUCGCAGCCACCGUCCUCCAGCAGUAACAAUCCGUUUGCGAGUCUCGAAAGCGUUCGGAAGGCCGAAAAUGAUAAGCUGCGAAAAACUCGGCUGGAGCAGGUCCGGCAACAAUCAAAACAGCUAGCGGCGAAUGUUCGACGGAAAGUUGAAGCAGCCAAACAGAAGGAACUGGCCAAUGUGGAUAAGCUGAAGCAAGCGGAGUUGAAAAGCUGGAAACAGAAGCACAUUACCAAACUGCAAGCGGACUACCAACACUGCUUGGAGGAUGUCGGGGAAGCUCAUAAAGCCGCGGAAGCGGCUGAGCAGUGCGAGAUUUGGUUCCAGGAGAAGAAGGCUACCCAGCAAGCGACUGCUAUUCAAAGAGGGAGACACGCUGAAGCUAAACUAGUUCAGGAUCGAGAAAGUAGGAAACCGAAAAAGAGGAAAGAAUAUAAACCGACCAAGUCGAUUGCGGUGCAAGUUUCUGUUCCGGCAGAGAAGCCAAUGGAGGAGCAGAAGAAGGAUGUUCCCAUUCAGAUAGAUGACAGUAGUUCCUCUGUCAACACCAUAAGCGCAUUUGAGCAGUUCAAGAAAUGUUCCAAGGCGAAUUCGGUCCCGGAUUUGCGCAUGCAGGAUCGACCGUUGUCUCCGGAUUUCCUUUCGUCGGACGAAGAAGUGCCAACUGGCAUAGGUAAAAACAAAGAAAACUUUCCCUAUCACAACACGAAAUCCAGCAAACGGGUAGACACUCUUUACUACAAUCCCACAUCGUUCACUUCACCGGACACGCUACAACAACACCUGCCUGCUGCUCCGCAGCUGAAACCUUUUACACAGGUGUCGGAAUUUAUAAAACGACGCCGCGAAGAUCGUUCGCACAAAUACGCGCAUCCAACGGGGUCAGCGCCGAAAGACAUUCCCACAUAUUCCUCUCAGAAGAAUGUGCAAUUUGACGAUCUGAGUGAAAACACUCUCUCCUUUCCCACAAGCACAGCCAUGGAUCGUUCCAUCUUGGAAUCGCCGCGCAAACCGGUGCGAAAGCUGGUGGAUCAACCCAGGGCACUCCCAAUUAAGGCUCAGUCGAAAGGAAGUCAUUCGAAGCAGUCGACUACGAUUUCUAGUUCGGUUGGUAGCCUAACGGAGCCGGGAACUUCCAAGGUGCAGUACUACGACUACAAUACCAAGUAUCGGAAGGAAUACGACCAACCGACAUCGUUUGUGCAGCGUAUCGACAAACCCAAGGAUGGGGAACUGAAUGCGAUGCAAGAGGCCACUCGGUUGGUGCGACUGCAAAACGAAAUGCUGAAUGCGAGGAGACAAGCUCCCGCGGGACCGGAUCGCUCUAAGGUUGCUCUGGAAAAGCUACAGAUUCGCAAGGAUUAUGAGAAUUUACAGUUGGAACUUGAUAAGCUAGUCAGAGCAGAAUCUCAAGUCAAGGCAUUGGAUGUGACGACCAAACCACUGAUGACGGAAACUCGCCAGCGCCAGCAAUCGGAAGCACGCCAGAAACGAAUGAACCAAGCCGUGGAGGAUUUGCUCAAGCAACGGGUCUUGAUCACCUGUCCUGUAGUGCGGGAUCCACCCAAAGGAGUCCAGCUGGUCAAUCGACCAUCGCAGGUUAAUGUUGCUGCGGAAGCUGGAAACGCUGUCCACCUACUGGGGGAUGAUUCCAACCUUAGAGCAGUGAGCAACAGUUCCGAUAGUUGCAGUACAAUCCUGCUGGGAUACGAGCAAGGCAAUGGACGGGCGGGAAUUCCGCUUCCGGAAACGGACAAGGUUGGCAAACUGAAGGAACUGCUGGAACAAAUCAACGAACAGAAGAAGUUGCUGACGGAGGAAUUGAAGAAGGAGGAGGAUAUUGAGGAGGAACUGAAGGUUCCCCUUGUGAAGCUCAAAUCGACGAAAACACAAACCGAUAAUGGAAUAAAGAAGAUGCAACAGCGACAACAGGAUCUAGAGCAGCAACAGAAGAAUCUGCACGAGAAAGAACGGGAAAUCCGUGACCUGGAAAAACAGCUCAAGGAGAAACUGAAUCGUUUGGAGAAGGAGAAAUCUAAGCCCAAGGUUCCUAUUCACGUUGAAGCGAAAGGAUCGGCGAAUACCGAUAUCCAAACCGUUCUUGAUACCUCUUCCACGGGCUCCAACGACAGUAUCCAAUCCGGAUCCGAGAUUCCGGUGAAGAUCGUUAUCACUGUAAACGACAAAUCCCAGAGGAAAGUCAAGAAGACACCGAAGAAAGCGGUCCCGGAAGCGAGGAAAAGGAAGAAAGCUAAAGACGUCCAUGAUCAUCGUUCUGUAGAACCACCGAAAGCUAUUCCCAAAUCUCCUUCAAAGGCUAAGGAAAUCACAGAAAAGACCAUUCAAGCUCCGGAAGUCCUUGCAGAACCGGAAGCGUCUCCAAUCAGUUCCACCACAUCGACCAUCUAUCGGCAGCUACCGAACAAAAUUGACAAUCGGGUUGGUAAAUUCUUGAACCAACUUAUUCAAUCGGAAGUUCCUAGAAGCACCAAACCACCACCACCACCACCACCACGCCGAGCGGAGUCUGCCCCGAAGCAUCAACUGAAAAAGACCACUCCACCACCACCACCAGUCAGUCACCAUCAGCAAGGUCAAAAUCUCAACCCAAAUCUUAUGCAGUACAUCGUUCGAUUGCUGGGAAUGUCCCGGCAUUCCAUCGAACAGCUCGGAGUCAGCUCCUCAACGACCGUUUCCACUCCGUGCGAUUCCGUCGUCAACGUAAGCGGAAACCAGUCCAGCGUUGAUGAGCAAACCAGUCGGGAUCAAUCCCGCAUGGAUAAACUCAGGCGCUUCAUCAACGAAAAUUACAACUUUCUCAAUGAAAUCGAUGAAACGCUCAAGGAGCAGGAACUGAGCGGAACUGCCGAUGAGAACAUUAGCCGAGUGGAGGACGUUUGGAUGAAGACACUAAGCCGGAAGGAGCGAGAGAUUCGUCAGGGGAAAGCGAAAUCUCCGCCACCUCCGCCCGUGGAACAAUCGCCUCCGGUGAAGGAAAGUUCCCUGAAGUCCAUUCUUAAAUCACCGAAACAGACCCCGGCAAAGGUGGCCAAAAUCAUCACUCCCCAGGGGCACGUAGAGGUGAUCAAUCUGAGUGAUCGCGACGAGCAAGAAGUGCUGGAAAAGUACUCACAUCUAGCGGAAAGCUGUAGCAAACGAAUCUCCGAGCUGUCAGACAUGAUCCAAAAGGUACGCCAGGAGAAGAAGAAGUUGAUUGAAAACAGCCUGUCCUCCAGUGACCAGCCUGAAUCAUCGACUAAGUAUAUGGAUUUUCCGAGGACUCAGCAGAAAGCUCCGGCCGUUGAGACGAGUCCCCAGUCGGCGAAGGAUGAUCCUGUAAGCGAGGAGAUUAACAACAUUUUUACCAAUGCCAGGCAAAUCGGGCUCAGCAAGGACAGUGGAAUCGCCAUGUCACGACCGGUGACAUCGUCCGAUUACCGAGACAGUCCUGACACUCGUCCACCAAAUGCCGGUGCGCCUCAGUUUGAAUCGUCGGAAGAUCUGAGCUCCCGGGAGACUGUGCCGUUGGCAUUCGAGCCAUUGUUGAAGGACAUUCCGAAGAUUUCACCACGUCUCGCAUCGAUUGAUGUACUCUCUCAGCCAACAGCAAGCAACAGUCAAACGCGUGAUUCAAAGGAACCCCCACUGGCAAAGCGUACCAAACCUCCGGUGGCCAUCACCCGAUACAGUCCUCAGCUGGAGGAAGGCACCGCAGCGCACGAGCUUUCCACAAUCCUAGAAGUGGAAACUCCCCUGGCAUUGAAGGCCAACAUCUCGAUUCCGCCGAGCGAAAUGCUAGACCCAGCCGAGCAGCUGCUCGUGGAUGCCCGUGACAAGCUGCUGGAACACGCUCGCGCCCUCGGCUACGAAGGUUUUCCCAAUUACCAACAAUACGUCAGAGAGCAGAAUCUGGAAGUCACUCGAUACGAUCCGGAAAAGACCUGCACCUCACGGUUGAACGAACUGCUAGAAGUUUCCGACAAGAGUGAUCUGCGCUACCAGAAAUUCCCGGUCCCGGCACCGGAGAUGAAUGUCACCGAAGAAACCCUCAAAGGAAGCGUCAACGGAAAGAAACCCGAACUAGAAAGUAACUCUAGCUCGAGCACAUCUCUACCGGAUGUGGUAGCCGAGCUGAAGCUCAGAAACAUUAUAGACAAAUCGUUUGACAACUCCCUGGACGAUUCCAACCGAUCAACGCCUAAUUCCGGUUCCCUCGAAUUCCUCCAUCCCCAACAGAAGACUAAUAAAUCUCCAACGAAAAAGAAACAGACCGAUUUCCCGAAAACUCCGGAUCGAUCCGUUUCCGAAACAACUGCAUCCCUCGAACGCGACCUCAAUCAACUCGGACUCCGCUGGGCAUCGACCAUGCUGAAGAAAAACCAACAAGCACUGCUGCAGGACCAUUCCAGCAGCUCAUCGCUCUCCCAAGCCGAAGACAUUCGUCGAGGCACGGGGAGGAAACCCAAACCACUACCAUCCUUACCGAACGAACCGAACGAUUCCUUAGCCGCGUCCGGUAGACCUCUGAACCUAAAGGAAUUCAUCGCCCGCGAACUGAUGAUCCGGACACAUUCCGAUCUGAACUCCCUCUCGGAUUCGUCCAGUCCGUGCAGUUUGCUGUUGCGAUCGUUGUUGGACAUUAGCAACAUCAACGCGUCCACACCGGAAUUGCUAACGCAAACGACCACGGAUAGAAACAUCCAGAGGACUUCCACUCCGGUGGCUACGAAAUCAUCGUCGGGUACUCCGAGGGAGAACGAAGGAGGAGGCACCAAGGAUGGAAGCCUUAACGCUACGAAUGGACUGUUUUCCGGGGAAUCGCGCAUUUCGUCCGUUCAUAUGAGUUCGUCUUCGGGAGGCGAGAACAGGCUUACGGUUCCGAAUGUGCGGCUCGACUUGGAUAAGUAUACCAAGGGAAAGGGAGAUAACGGACACGAUGGGAGGAACUAACAGCAUUGUCGGAUUUUAUUUGAUAGUUUUUUUUAUGGAAGUCAAUGGGGGGUCAUGCAUUAAUUAUGUCACGCUAAAUUUAGGAAAAAAUAUUCCCCUCCCUUUCGUAACGUUUUUGCUAAACCUAAUGCAUUGCUUGUCACAAAAUCUUACACCCCCUCUCUCGCUUAGAGCGUGACGUAAUAUAUGCAUCACCCUUUAGGAUCUUAGAAAGUGCCUUGUACCAAUGUUGUAUUGAAAUAAAUAUAAAAUGUAUUUGACGCUCAACGGAGAAAGAAUCUGCUGCAUUUAGUGUUAACUGCAAGUUCGGUGAACAGAUAGGCUUUUAUUUUAGGUUUUAGCUUUAGCUCAAGAAUUAUUGCUCAUAGGCUUACUAUAAUUACGAAUGUUAAUUUGUACUACUUUCUAGAACGGCAACAAUUAUGCACUGUUGGACUUACGCAUGAAAACAUUUAAUAAACGGGAUUACUUUCA